AUGGAUCACAAGGCGGCGAAGCGGGUGGCCAUCGUCGGCGCCGGCACGAGCGGGCUCGCCGCGUGCAAGCACCUCCUGGCGAGGGGCUUCCGCCCGGUGGUCUUCGAGGCGGGCGCCACCGUGGGCGGCCUGUGGACGCGGACGCUCGCGUCCACCCGGCUGCAGUCGCCCACCGCCGGGUACCGCUUCUCCGACUUCCCGUGGCCCGAGGGCGCCGACACGUACCCGCGCCACGACCAGGUCGUCGAGUACCUCGCCGCCUACGCGCGCCUCUUCGGCGUCCACGAAUGCGUCAGGUUCCGGAGCCAGGUCGUGGCAGCGGAGUACGUCGGCGCUGCUGAUGACGACCUGACUGAACAGUGGGCGGGGAACGGCGAGGCGUUCGGUGGCGACGGCGCCGGCGUGUGGCGCCUCACCGUGCGGCACGGCGAUUCCGACCCAACGCAGGUAUACGAGUUCGAUUUCCUGAUCCUGUGCAUCGGGAGGUUCAGCGGCGUGCCCAACAUCCCGGCGUACCCGCCCGGCGGCGGCCCCGACGCGUUCCGCGGGCGGGUGCUCCACUCCAUGGACUUGUCCGACAUGGACGACGCGGACGCCGCCGCGCUGGUCAAGGGCAAACGCGUCGUCGUCGUCGGCUCCGGCAAGUCCGCCUUUGACAUCGCGGCCGAGUGCGCCGACGCCAAUGGUGUGGAGCGGCCGUGCACGAUGAUCUGCAGAAGCCCGCAGUGGCUGCUGCACGACAUCAGUGUCUGGGGCAAGCUCCACCUCGGGUACCUCUACAUGAACAGGUUCGCGGAGCUCAUGGUCCGCAAGCCCGGCGCCGGCCUGGCGUCCACCCUCGUCGCCACAUUGCUCACGCCCUUGGCGUGGCUGAUAUCGAAGCUGACGGGAGCGUACUACAAGAAGAAGGCGAUACCGAUGCGGGAGUACGGCAUGGAGCCGGAGUUCGGGUUCGCCGGCUCGAUCUCCUCGUGCAAGAUCGGCAUGCUGCCGGAGGCGUUCUACGACAAGGUGAGGGACGGCAGCGUCGUCAUCAGGCGGUCUAGGUCCUUCACCUUCUGCGAGGACGGCCUGGUGCUGGACGGCGGUGACGGGGCCGUUGCCGUCAUCCCCGCCGACGUGGUGAUACUCGCCACCGGCUUCCGCGGCGACCAGAAGCUCAGGAACAUGUUCGUGUCGACCAGGGUGAAGGCGAUCGUCGCCGGCUCGUCGGACACCGCCGUCCCUCUCUACAGGGAGUGCGUGCACCCUCGGAUCCUGCAGAUGGCAGUGGUCGGGUACUCGGAGAGCCUGACCAACAUCUACUCCAUCGAGAUGAUGGCCAAGUGGGUGGCGCGGUUCCUGGACGGCGCGUUCCGGCUGCCCAGCGUGCCGCGGAUGGAGCAGAGCGUGGCGGAGUGGGGCCGGUACAUGAGGCGGAGCAACGGGGAGAGCUUCCGCGGGUCCUGCCUCGGCGCCGUCAACAUCUGGUACAACGACCAGCUGUGCCGCGACAUGGGCUGCCACCCCAGGAGGAAGAAGGGCUUCCUCGCCGAGUGGUUCCAGCCUUACGGCGCCGUCGACUACGCGGAUAUCCAAUGA